AUGAGUUAUAAAAGAGUCGCUACAACAACCAUCCAACCAGACCAUAGAUCAGAACAAGAGAAUGCGUUGGCUUCCAUUGGUAUGAGAAUAAGAAAAGCCGUAGCUGAAGGAUAUAAUACCGGUAAUCAGUUCCAAGGGUUUAAUCAAGCAAAUACCUUUACUUAUAAUAGUAAUGUUAAUUAUCAAGAUCCUAAUCCUGUAACUAAUCCAUCAACAAGAAGAAUGCCUUUACCAAAUCAUAUUGAACGACCACCUUCGUUAACCAAUAGAUUUUCUACUUUUGAAUCAACUUCAAGUAUUAGCGAUUGGCAACAAACUCAAACUCCAGUUAUGACUUUACCUACUUCAAACAAGAGGAAAUUGGAUAGAGAUGAUGAUUUUCAACAAGAUGAGUAUCAAAGAGAUAUUGCCGUUCAUACGGUCAAUGAUAAUUAUGGGUGUUUAAAGUUUAAUGAAGAUUUUUAA